AUGACAGCCAAAACCACCCUCUUUUUCUGCGCUGCGGCGCUAUUACUCCAGGACAUAUCUGGAGUUUACAUAGACCCUUCGUAUGAUAGAAUCGCUCCAUGGGCUAGGACAUUCUUAGCUUGGAGGGAAGCCAAUACGAAUAUUGCUGGUUUUUUAACGCGACUACUUAAAAUACCUAGGACUUCUCAAUGCUCUUAUGAUGCACCAUUUUAUGGUAUGCCAUACGGAGUUUCCAACGAGAUAGCCCUACCAUCUGGUUUGACCACUGAUGCUCUGAUCGUCACCAGUUCUUCCAAAGGACCUAUAGGAGUUUCACUACUAUCAGAGAAUGUAAUAAAAGGAUUAUUAGCUGUUGCAGGAGAACUGCCUUUCUUGGGUUCUGUCAAUUUGGAAGGAGUUCUGCCAACGACUGGGUCUGGUUCAAUUUCUUACAGUGCUGGCGACAACAGGCAUAGCCCUGUUAUAUACAAAGAAUUAGUUCGACCUGGCAGUAGUUACUGA